CCAAUUAUAUUGUAACAAAAAGCUUUUUCCGUCGCCCUCUCUACGCUCCGUCCCUCUCUCUCGCAAAUCUCUCUCUCCCCCUCCACUUCUCUUCCUCUCUCUGUUGAGCGUGACUGCGUACCUCUCGUCCUCUCUUUCGAUCGCAACGCGUCCGGCCUCUUUUCCAGGCUGCAAAGAGGCUUUUUCAGAGUGGUGAGCUUAAAAGCCAACUUGAGGAUUUCUGCAAGUACACUUGAAUAUCUGGAAUAUAAGAUAAGCACUACUAGAACAUGGGAAGAUCCAAGCGCUAUAAUUCUUCUGCAUUUGUAAUAGAAUGCUUCUAGCGCUACUGUUGAACAUAUGCACUAAUCUUCCUCAGAAGCUAUUUGAAAGCUCACGAAGACCAUCUGUGACAAGUUAAAAUUUUAUUUUUCCUGCUCAGUCCUGGGAAAAAAGAAUUUCCAGGAAAGUAGAGGAGAAAAGAAGAUGAAUAGUACAUCACCAGCUCAUUCAUCACUAUCAACAACAGCAAUUGUUGGAGGAGGCAGUGGUAGUAAUGCUGCUUUUGAAGAUUUUCAUUUCCCUUCCGAUCUUAUAUCUAUCCAAGACCGCAAAGAAGAGGCCAUGCUUGUUCUGAAAGCUGAUCUGAUGGCUGCACUUAACAAAGAGGUUAAAUCCUUGGAUGAAGAUAAUUGGAAGUUUGAAGGGCCCCGUUCGCGCAUCCACCUUAUAUCUAGGCCUGGUGGUUAGUAUUGGAGAUAAAGGUCUAUAUCUCUGUUAAAUGGACAGAUGUGGCAUCAGAUCUUGGGCUAACUUUCAAGUUCACUUGAGCUUAGAAAAUCAACUUGCAUAAAAUAGAAAUUUUCUUGUCCUCAUCUCCCUUAGAGGCUUAAAAAAGGUUGACUUAGGAAGAAGUAGUUUGUUGAAGGAAACUUAUUAUCUCCUAUGAGAUGAAUUUUCUCCACCAUAGCAUCCUGUACCAUAAAUAUUUACAUGUAAUAUUUUUAACUAGGACAGAGUGCUAAACAUGGCAUCUUCUUUCAUGUUGGUGCUUGGAAACGGCUUAUAAUGUUGUUUAAAUUUGUUCUUUCACUUAUUGUGAAGGGUACCUUAUUCAUUUUUCCAGAACAAGAAGGAUCAUUCAAAAAGAAAGGAUCAAAACCUAUGAACUGAACUCAAUUCUGUUGUUCCUUCCAGUUCUCUUAAAGAAAUCCAUAUUUGUUCCAGGGUAUUAAAGAAAUCUGUCAAUGUAAUUUUGAAGUUGAAAAUUGACUGUGGACAUUUUUUAAAAGUUUUAGAUAAGUAUUGUGGCAUAACUGAUAAAUGUCGGUAUCCCCUUGUAUGUCCGUGCUUUGUAAGGAAUUUGACAUGCUAGGCAUACAUUUACUAUGAAAUCUGGAAGAUAGAAGAGCAGAUGUUUAGUGACAGCCUUUAAAUAUCUUUCUGACACUUGCUUCUUUCUGUGCUAAUGAGUCUGAGGCAUAUAUGAGCAGGACAGUGCACGUCUGCACAUUCUUGUUCGAGUUCUUGGCCAGAUCUACUUUAUUUCUGAUCAACUGGUCGAACUUUAUGUAAUUUAUGUCUAAUAAUGGUUUAGAUUUAUUUGAGAAAUCUUCUGCUGUUAAUUCCAA